ACAUUAGCAACAACACGACGAUAUAAUACAACGCAACGCAACGCAACGCAACACAAAUACAAAAACAAGUACGAAUACACAGACACAGACACAGACUCUCUCAGUCCGGCAGCAAAGCAGCAAUGUACCCGACCAAGAACGACAAGGCUCACGGCAAUACCACUCUGUGUACUACUACGACUACUACGAUUCGGAGGAUACGACGGGGAUACCUCCUUUUCUUCUCGACGACGACGACGACGAUGCUGCUGCUUGGCCUGUGUCGGGUGGCCGGAUCCUUCCAGUUUCGGGGCUGCCUCUCUCCGGGGGUUUCCAGAAGAACGACGACAACAACGGCGGCGACGCGGAGGACCAGACGCGCGUCUCCGGCGGCACCGAGAAACGGGUUCUGCCCGCACCGCCCGGGAUUCCUCCCGGAGACGGGAUGCCCCCGCGCCCCUCGCGGUGCCUGCGCAACGCGUCUCUUCGCCUCGGUCAACCCGGGCACCCCCGACCUCGCGGACCUCCAGAGGGGCUUCCAGAAGGCGAGGGAACUCCACGAGGAAAACCUGAAAUCGAUCCCCCCCAACCUGGACCGGAUCGUCGAGGAACUCGAAACGGAAACCGCCGAGCCGUCCUUCUGGGACGCCGACAACAAGGCCCGGAACGCCCUGGUGACGGCGCGGCUGAGCAAGUACGGGCGGCUCAAGAACCGGGUCGGGGAGUGGCAGCGACUCAAGGAAGACUGCGAGGUCGCCCUCGAGAUGGUCCUGGACUCGGAAACCGGCGGCGACGGCGUUCCCGGAUCCUCCUCGUCUGUCUUCACCGAGGAGGAAUACAACUCCCUCCUCCAAGAAUUCGGUGCCUCUUCCGACAAGCUGCUGGCCGACGGGGAGCGGUACCAGCUGGAAUCCUUCCUGAGCGGCCCGUACGACGACCAGCCCUGCCGGAUCCUGCUGACGGCGGGGGCCGGUGGGACCGAGGCCAACGACUGGGUGGCCGAUCUCAAGCGCAUGUACGAGCGCCACGCCUCCAAGAUGGGCUAUUCGCUCACCAUCGAGGACCAGCAGCCGGGGGACGUGGUGGGAUACAAGAGCGUGGAAAUGAUCGUCGCGUCUCCCCCCGGUGGAAGCGGCGGGGAGGGAGCGGCGGAGCAUCCCUACGGCUGGUUCAAGGGGGAAAAGGGGACCCACCGGCUGGUCCGGCUGUCGCCCUUCAACGCCAACAACAAGCGCCAGACGACCUUUGCGGGGGUCGACGUCGCCCCGAUCUUUCUGGACGAGGCGGACCUCUCCGACCUGACCAUCCCCGACAAGGACCUGGAGAUCACGACGAUGCGCAGCGGGGGGGCCGGCGGGCAGAACGUCAACAAGGUCAACUCGGCCGUCCGCAUCAAGCACCUCCCGAGCGGCCUGAGCGUCAAGUGUACCCAGGAACGGAGCCAGGCCAUGAACAAGGACCUGGCGAUGAAGCGGCUCAAGGCCCAGCUGAUCGCCAUUGCCAGGGAGCAGCGGGUCGAAGAGAUCAAGGAGAUCCGCGGCGACCAGGUCGAGGCCAGCUGGGGGACGCAGAUCCGGAACUACGUCUUUCAUCCCUACAAGAUGAUCAAGGACCAGCGGACCGGCUGGGAGACGAGCAACACGGUGAACUUUAUGGACGGGGACCUCGGGGACUGCAUCGCCGAGCUCCUCCGGGCCCGGGCCAGGGACGAGCAGGAAACGGCUCUCGGGGAGGGGGGUUCAAGGGCCCCCUAGCGCAGCGAAGCGAAGCUCGCUGCUUCUGCCGCGUGUCGAGGUGGUCUUGCUUCGCGGCUGCAGCAGCAGCAGCAACCGCCGCCGCGAUCGCAUAGCACGGCCCGACCCGGAGCCGUUUGCCCGCCCGCUGCGAGAGGGAGAAGAGCACCACCGGUACGUGCCGGAUCUGGACCGAGACGACACGCAGGCGGGCGGACGGCCGUUCUGCCGUCCAUCGAUUGCUGCGAGGGUCGGUCGGUCGGUCGGUCGAGGUUAAAAAAAAAUGCUCUUUGGCUCCCGCCACAAACCCAAACGAACGAGUGCCGCCGGUCGCCGAUCGCACCGCCUAGGUUUCUUGCGAACCAGUGCCGCGCAUUUUGGAAGAAAGAACGAUCGUCUCGGAACCAUCCCGUUGUUUCGUCGGCAUCCUAAUAUUAGUUAGC